CCUUUGCAGCUGUGGCGCUUGAAUCCCAAGUUCCUCAACAACACCAAGUUCCACUCUCGUGAUAUAGUCUUUUACAACCGAGUGCCCAAGACGGGAAGCGAGACUCUGAUCGAGUUAAUGAUACGUCUGGGCGAAAGAAACGACUAUCAGAACGAGCGGGCGCCGUUCUCAAAGCCCGUUGGAAUUUACUGGUCCGUGGAGCGUCAGAAAUCAGAGGCCCAACGAAUUUUUGAUCUGCAGGAGGAUUCUGCAUUCGUCUAUGUGGAGCACAUGAACUACAUGAACCUUAGGCCACUCCAUUUCCCCCAGCCCAUCUUCAUUAACUUGAUACGCGACCCCAUCGAAAGAGUUAUCAGUUGGUUCUACUAUAAACGCACCCCCUGGAACUCUGUGAAAAUGUUUGAAGUCACCGGAAAGUUUCAGAAUCGUUCGCAUUAUGUCAAAAACUUUGAGGAUUGUGUGCUCAUGCACGAUCCGGAAUGUCGUUACGAUUUCGGUCUCAAGUUCAAAGAAGAUUCCGCAGAUCACAAACGGCAGAGUUUGUUCUUCUGUGGUCACUCUCCCAUUUGCGAGCCAUUUAAUACGCCAGGAGCAAUAGCCAGGGCCAAACAGAAUGUGGAGCGAGAUUACUCCGUAAUUGGUUCCUGGGAGGAUGUUAAUGUGACUUUGACUGUGCUAGAGCACUACAUACCUCGUUUCUUCAAGGGCAGCACUGAUGUGUACUAUGAACCCAUCAAGGGCCUGGCUUUUAAGAAGCAAAAUACAAACCACUGGAAGCCCAAGAUUAGCGAACGCAUCAAGCAAAUAAUGCGAGCCAAUUUCACUCAGGAAUAUGAGUUUUAUCACUUUUGUAAACAGCGCCUGUAUAGACAAUAUUUUGCAAUAAACAGACACUUGCAUGUCUAA